AUGUUACGAACCAUUCAUAUCAAAGUCUUCGAGCUGAGUCCCUUGAGAGCUCGCACCGUCAUCACCACUAUCUUCCGUGUUAUCGAAGUUAUUGGAGUACCGUUUCUUCUAGCAGUCUACAACUACUUCUUCCAUCCCAUCGCUCAUGUGAAGGGCCCCUUCAUUGCUGCUAUAUCGCCUAUUUGGCUCAUCCAGUCUGUUUCUGGUCACAGACUCAACAAUGACAUUGAACAGGUGCAUGCAAAAUAUGGGCCUGUUGUGCGUAUCGGUCCCAACGAACUCUCCUUCGCGACAGAAGAUGCCCUCAAGACGAUCCACAACCCAGGACCCAAUGGCGGACACUUCACGAAGCAGGGCACAAUCGAGUCACUACUGGCAAAGCUCAUUUGGGCUGCGCCAAACCUAUUGACGACAACCGACAAGACGGCACACAAGCGGCUACGAACCGCCUUGCAACCAGCAUUCACCGCCAAAGCGCUGAUGGAACAAGAAGACAUUGUACAACAUCACGUCAGCAGGGCCGUCGAAACCUUGGGCAAGGCCCUUAACAACGAGAAAAGCAUCAAUAUCAGCGAUCAUUUCUCCAGAAUGAUCUGGAGCAUCGUGGGCGAUUUGUCUUUCGGCGAGCCGUUGCUUCACGACCAGAUGAGUGCCUACGAAAAGCUAAAGUACACCUACGGCAAGGGUGCGCCGCUCCUCGAACUCUUCCAAUUCCUCACGGAAAUCCCAAUCUUUGGCGGUCUGGCCAAGCUUCCCGUCAUGAUCGUACCACACAUCUUCAGAGUUCCGAAGAACUUUUUGUUGAUGAACCAGCUCCGAGGGUGCAUCGAACGGCAAGGAGGGCGUAAAGAUUUCCUUACCGCCAUCCUGGCGGCCAAGGAAUCUGCGGGUUUGACUCAGGCUGAAAUCCUGAGUAACUCAGCUUUAUUCGCUAUGGUCGGGUAUGACACUUCUGCAACAACUCUGUCUGCGCUCUUCUACCACGUGCUCCGUGAGCCGGAUCACUACCGAAAGAUCCAGGAGGAGGUCCGGGGCACGUACUCUGCGCUCGGCGACAUCUCUGCCCAAAGCGUCCUUCGUCUUCCGUACCUGAAUGCUUGCAUCCAGGAGACCCUUCGCUUGCUGCCGCCUAUCAACGGCCGAGGCUCCCAUCGCAUUUCUCCAGGAGCUAUGAUCGACGGUCUCUACGUGCCCAAGGGCGUCAACGUCUCCGCGGACAUCUGGACGAUUCAGCGGCGACCUGAUUACUGGGCGCUCGCUGACAAGUUCCGUCCUGACAGAUGGAUUGACAAUGGCCCAGGCACCGUCUUCGAGCAUGACGUGCGGACCAGCUACCGACCUUUCCUCGUGGGCCCGAGGGUGUGCAUUGGUCGAGAGAUGGCGCUGCAGUCUAUUCGUCUGACGGCGGCAAAGGUUGCUUUCGCCUACGACUUGGACAUGGCCAACCGCGAUAGCUUUGUUUGGGAGAGGGAUGCUGGCAACGACUACGUGUGGCAUGAUUACAAUAUCAUAGUCGAAAGGUCGACCUGA